AUGGGAGGAGGUGAACGUGUUCUUGUCAAGGUACUUGUGGGCCACAAGUCUUCCCUCUUGGAAGCUCCUACCCCUGAAGGACAUUUAUUUAAAUGGACAGUGUUUGUGAAAACUGUUGAGCCAAUGACUGAUAGAAGUUUUAUAAAUAAGGUCGCGUUCCGGUUACACGAGACAUUUCCAAAUCCUUUGAGAACUGUUAGAGAUCCACCUUUUGAAGUUUCCGAAACUGGCCAUUCAUCUUUUAACGUUGCUCUAUCAAUACAUUUCAACUAUAAUGGAGCAAAACCUAUCAAGUAUGCCUAUGAUAUGGUUAUCGUUCUCGAAAAAACAGGAUACAAUCAACAAGAGGUUAUUUUGGAGUUAAAAGAUGUUCCGCCCGCUUUCAUGGAUAUUAUAAAACGCCAUGGAGCCUUCGCAAACAAGAAGAAAAGAGAUUCGUUGGGGAAGGAAACUCUACCUCCAAAAAAGAUGAAACCUGAAGAACCCACCAAACCUCCUACAACUGAUUACUCUUCUAGUAAGGAGAGGGAAAGGAAAGAAAAAAAAUUGAAGGAGGACAAAUUAAAAAAGAAGUCAAAAGAGAAGGAUUACCGUGAUUCUAAAGAUAGAGAGCCCAAGGACCGUGAUUCUAAAGAUAGAGAGCCCAAGGACCGUGAUUUUAAAGACAGAGAUCGUGAUCAUGUGGAUCGAGACCGCCAUUCUUCCGACCAUAAAGAACGUGAAAAGGAGAAAAAGGAUAGAGAGUCUACGAAAGACAGAGAACCGAAGGAAAGGAAAGAUAAGCUCAUGAAAGAGUUUGAUUUUUCUAAAGUUCACGAUAAGAAGCUCAGCGAAUCAAGGUCUCCGAAACCGGUUGUAAGAGAGGAAAAAAAGUCAGAAAGAGACACUUCCAAGCUAGACAAUGGUAAAGAAGAAAAGCGGCUUGAAGUGUCUAGGGAAGAUAAGAAAUUAUCACCCAACGGAGUUUCUUUCGCGGUAAAGAACAACGCAGUCAAACCUCAGGUGUCAAUCUCUCCUCGUAUUGAAAACAAAGUUAGAUUAUCGGAUGCCUCUGAUUUGAGUUCUCCAUCUUCUUCUUUAUCUAGUUCUUCACUGAAUGAGAGUUCGCACUCAUUGACUAGCUCACCAUACAGAGGGAUGUCCGCGGAGGAAAUGCAUAGAAAGAUAAAUUCUUUGACGAGUGGAGAACAGAUAUUCAAAGUCGCUUCAAUCUUACUAUCACAUCCUGGGACAACUUUUGUUCCUUCAAAGUCAAUACUUUCUUUUGACUUGGACUUAGCUUCCGCGGAUCCCUUCUUAAUUCAGAAGUUGUGUCAGGCAUUAUCAUCCUGA